UAUAUUCUUCCAGUUAUAAUUCUUACAGGAAUUCUUGGGAAUAUUGUGUCUUGUCGUGUUUUCAGAGGAAAGGAACUGAAACGAUUGUCAUCUAGUAUCUAUGUAAUAGCUGUUCUAGUGUCCGAUUCUGGAAUUUUAAUCAGCCUAUUGUUUGUAUGGCUGGAAGUUCUAGGCUAUGAUUACAACCAUCAUCAAGGCAUGUGCCAAGUUUUGGUGUUUCUGACUUACGUGUGCAGCUUCUUGUCCGUGUGGUACAUAGUUUGUAUAACUGUUGAGAAUUUUAUUACAAUAUGUUACCCUACCAAAGUGACGGAAAUGUGUACCAAAAAACGAGCGAAAGUUGUGGUGAUUUCUUUAUUCGUCGGAGCUAUGUGUCUUUACAGUUUAUCUCUUAGAAGUACGGAAGUGAGGACCGAUAAGAACACAAACAAGGCUGAAUGUGUUCGAAAUCCUGAGUACCACGUCAUGUUUUCUGUGCUCACGUAUGCAGAUUCUGUUAUAACGUUAGUGAUACCCUUGACUGCUAUUGCGUUAAUGCUUGCAACAAUGGCCGUAGCUAUUGCUAAAACAUUCCGUUGGAAGAAAUUGAGUCCAACUCGUGAAACAUCUAGAAAGGAUUUUGUAUUUAAUAGUCCUCAAGUUCGUGUGGCGAAGAUGCUAUUCGCAUUAUCUGUUUCCUUUUUAAUCAUGAAUGCUCCAAUACACAUUAUUAGGUUACAUUAUCUGCUG